AUGUACGCAUCUCGGACAGCCUGUUCAAGGUGCUCAUCACAGUUGCGAUCGGUUCCGGCCUCAGCCAAGCGGCUUGGGAGUGUAGCUUCGUAUUCAACCACAGCUGACAUUCCUGAUACACCCAGAACCAGGCCAAAGGCAGCUUCACAGUCAGCCAACACCGGCAGGGAGCCAAAGCAGUCACACAAUGGACCAAGAGUAGGAUUCAAUGCAUUCAAACACAAACAGAAGCCAGACCAGGACCCGGCAUUGGCACUGUUCAAGGAGAUCGUGAGCCGCGCCGAUCAUGAAGAGGCUGUCAGUGAGCCUAUGCCUGUUCUCACUGAGCUCGAAAUCAGCGCAAGACUCAAGGAAGUCAUGUCUAGAGGAUUCAACCCAGAUGAGCGCUACGGCAUCUUCCGCGACGAGAUCUGGCCGAGUAUCGUUGGACUUGAAGGCCAGCUCCCCAAGAAUAUCUACACAGCUGUAACCCAACUACUCGGCACUGAGUGUAAUCACAUGUUUCAAAAUGGUCUAUACAAGAACAGCCACGAUAUAGCUGAGAAGUACCGGGCAUUUGGGGACUACAGCCUCCGCCUACGAAACGAUCUCAUUCUCAACAUGUGCGCUAGGUUCUUACAACCCAAGAAUGCGUCCGGUGACCGCACCGCAAUGAGGGUGGAGAUUCUCAAAAUGUGGCAGCAUAUUUCUCAGCUCAAGCGACCCAGUGAAGCCAAUAAGGAGACACGUUUCGCACUACCCAGCGUCACAGAGGUGUUGAAGGAUGCAGAGUAUAGCAGGGAUGGCGCCCCAGCACAAGCAGGGACACAGGCAUCUCGAGCGCUGGCCUCUUUGUUUCUUCAGCUGCCGCCGCCCCAAGCCAUUGAAGUCAUCCCUUCACUACUGGCUACCCUCGCUAUCACUUCAGAUAACAGAUAUUCUGGCUCUGAAUACAAGACACAGUUGUCGCCCUUACUAAUACUUGUCCGAGCGGUGCUAUCCAAGCACAAAAUCAAACAGGCUGAUAUCGAUACUAUCGUGUCAGAAUCCUCAAAGAUUUCUCCCGAGACACUGACCACACUCAAGGAGUAUGUCACACAACAAUGGACUCUUGCAUUGGAUAUGAUCAUGGGUGAAUCUCACGCCUGGGUGAAAGCCUCAUCUCAGGGUCCAUAUCCGGGGGCAAGAAAUAAUCUCAACAACUUUCAUAAGCAAUUGCGAGCAGCUUAUAGGGCACGCAACAAAAGUGCCAUUGGAUCCGUCUGGGACGCUAUGUUAGGGGCCUUGCGCGACAACCCGGGCAUCAAACCCCAGCUGGCUCACGAUCGCGAAUUCCUCGAUUUUUGGAUCUUUGUGUGGUGUGCGAUCCGCCGUUAUCCAAGAGUUCAGGAGACUCUAGACCUAAUGCGCUCGCUUGACGUUGAGCCAACAGUCAGAACUUACACAAGCAUGAUGCACGGAUGGAAGAUGUGCAAGGAUAUUGGCAAGAUCGAGGCAUUAUGGGGUCAACUCGUCAAGUCUGGCAUGAAGCUCGACGCUGUCAUCUGGACUGAGCGUGUGUCGGCGCUUAUCGAGCUUGGUCAGCAUCAGAUGGGUCUACAGGCACUCGCGGAGUUGGUAGAAAACUGGCAACGUGCAGUCAAGCAAGGAACACAAUCCCAAGCUGUUGAGCCUACUAUCGAAGCCGUUAACGCUGCCUUCAAGAGUCUGUUAAAUGCAGACCCCAAGGCCGCACACGAUUUGUUGGCGUGGGCUGGAAGACAGGGUCUCGCUCCAAAUACUCGCACCUACAACAUCCUCAUUCGUGAGACGAUUCGCAUGGGCUAUCACAAGAACGUCGGCGAGCUCUUACAGUCCAUGCAGAAGGAGGGCAUCGAGCCUGACUCUGCUACCUUUACCAUUCUACUCGAGUCUGUUAUUGGGCGCAUGGAAGAUGCCAGUGCUGAGGAGCAAGUUGUCGCUAUCAAAGAAGUCUUCAGCCAUAUUGAACAAGCUGGACUCAAGCCUAAUCUCGAGACAUAUGGCAAGAUGCUUUACGCUCUUGAUGGUCUUCCCAACUGCUCCGACGAUGUUAUUUCAGCCUUGCAGCAACACAUGCGCAGCAACGGCUUCGGUUCUGUUUUGACACCUCACAUGAUUACUAUUCUGGUUGAGCGCGCCCUUCGUCAUGAUCCUCCCGAUAUCAACAAGAUCCGCACUCUGCUCAAAGACAACAAUCUAACAAAGGUGUCCAGCGGCGACCAGACCCUGUGGGAGCGAGUGAUGACCGCCCACGCCAUCGGUGGUAAUGUUCGAGAAGCCAUGUCAAUCUUUGACGAUCUCGCUAAUUCCGGUCGCCCUGUCACGUCGCUCUCGUGUCUCAAGGACCUGAUGCAAGCGCUUCUCGAGAAUGGAGACACGGAGUCGGCCAAGAGAGUCGUGGAUGUUGUUCUCAAGUAUAAGCUUCAUGAUAGGGAGAGCAAGAGUGCGAAUGAGAGAUACUGGAGACAUCAUUUCUGGUAUGUGGCUCAGCAUAAUGGUUUGAUAGACAGCCAGAAGUUGAGGCAGUAUGCGCGUUCAUAA